AUGUCUGUACUCGAGGAUGAGUACACCAUGGACACAGCGAGUGACAUUCUAGAUGGCGGUCUCGAUGUCGAGGCUGCCCGCCAGGAGACACUCAUGGCGAGGCCUAGCCAUCUUGGAAUAUAUGAUAUCUCCUCCGUCUCCCAGAUUGCGGCUGACGGCCCCGACGGGUUCUUUCAGAGAUACGCAGAAGGGAAAUGGAACCCACUUGAGACUCCUAUAGAGCUCCAAGUCGACCCGAUACUCUUCUCGCGACAGGAUUCCCUUAGAAUGGAAUCAACAGAUCCAAGGCUUGCAGCUCCACCUGACCUAACCCAGUCUGUCGAAGACGUUUACCGCUCUUUCCUAGCAGACGAAGGGUAUCAUGUCAACGGACGUCGAGUCAGCCAUUCGGAAAUCCUACUCACCCCCAGGAGCGAGUCCAACACCUUCACCGAUCCAGGCGAAGUUCAAGCCAAUACGUCAGUUUCAGGCCUCCGUCUAGGCGCACGCUCUGCUUCGACGGCCGAGAUUACCGGCGGCACCUACACGGCACGAGCAUUCCGUCGUUACAAGGAGCUCGGAUACCUGGAGGCACCUGUGGCAGCGGAUGAGGUACAACGAAGACGAGCUGUUCGGUCAUUCAAGCCCUUUCACCACCAAUUGGAUCCUAAUCUUGAUCGUAUUGCGAAACUUGGAAAAGCGAUGUUCGCAGCGAAUGCGUCACUUAUAUCCUUGGUGGACGAGGACCAAGUUCAGUUCACAUUUGACGGUCGAGCUCCAUAUAUGGUGCCUAGAGGAACCCCAAUGUGCAGCCAUGCCGUUCUGCUCAAGGCAGAUGAGCCGCUCGUUGUUCUCGAUACUCUCAAGGACUGGCGUUUCCGAGGAAACAAGGUUGUCACCGACGAGCUCUCAGUCAGAUUCUACGCUGGAUUUCCGAUGCGAACCGAAUCAGGUGAAAACAUUGGCGUGUUCUGCGUUUUGGACAACAAACCUCGCGAAAAAUUCGGUUCAGAGGAGAGAGCGCUGCUCAAAGAGCUCACUCGAAUGACUAUGAGGGAGCUUGAAGGGCGCCUUCAUCAAAAACAAGGAGCCCUAAGGGAUAAAAUGCAACAAACCAUUGAAAUGUUCAACCGCGAGGCAGUCAGCGGAAUAUACAGCUUUGAGCUAUUGUUGGAAAGACUUGUCGAUCACAUCACUAGGACGCUUUCUGUUGAGGGUGUCAUUAUUUUGGAUGCGACUGGUGCCAGUUCUGCUCGAACCCCAUCAGGCGAGCAGCCCUCCUGGUUGGACAAAAGCGGCCUUGUCAUACCAAUAAUGGCGGCAUCGAGGCAUGCCACAAUGUUAUCAGAGGUGAUGACGACUUCGAGACGUGGGGUGCUAUUCGACACCAUAUUUAAGCAAUAUUCUGCGGGAUUCGUCUACUCUCGAGGGGAUUCAAUGCCAGACUUGUUGGUGGCAUUACUGCCACCAGAGAUCUCAGCAGCCGCGAUUGCUCCGAUUUCUCGAAGUGCGAAUGAGCCCUUUGCCGUCAUCUGCAUCUACACCCUUGAGCCCAACUUUACCUUGCUGCUCCCUGGACCUACACUAUCUUUUUUAGCUGCCAUGGGGCUCGUACUUUGUACGGUACGUCAGAAGCAAGUGCUCUCCCAGGCAGACAAGGCAAAAGUCGAUUUCAUAGCCAACAUAUCUCAUGAGCUGCGGACACCCCUACACGGAGUGCUAGCGUCGUGCGAACUACUCAGCGAGACGACUCUCAAUCAGACGCAAGAAUCAUUUCUACACACCGCUAAGCAAUGUGCAACUUCGUUGAGUGAGACAAUCUCCCAUGUCCUCGACUUUACGAAAUCGACAUCUCAAGCACCCUCACAACCUCGUACACCCGUGGAUCUGGCCCAUCUCGUCGAAGAGACAAUGAUUAGCUGCUGGCUUGGAAGAUCUAAGCCACGCCAUAGCGACGCUGAGCAUAUUGGGGACAUAUAUGCACCAAUUAGUCCCAUUUCUACUGCCCCCGAAUUCAGCAAUAGGGUGGAGCCCCUUAUAGAUAUAGAACCGCUAGCUAACUGGAAUGUCUUGGUCGACAAGGCUGGCCUGAGACGAGUUCUCAUCAACCUCAUCGGAAACUCGUCAAAGUUCUGUCAAGAAGGCUACGUCAAAAUAAGCCUUCGUCGAGGCGUCGUCGAAAACCCCACUCAUCUGCCUGUUGAAAUUGUCGUCGAGGAUACAGGAGUGGGCAUGUCUGAGACUUUCAUUCGAGAGAAACUGUUCCACCCCUUCUCUCGAGAGCGACCGUUCGCCGAAGGUAUUGGUCUAGGUCUGGCCAUCGUUCGAGCCAUCCUCAAGACGCCAGGAGUCGAUGGUACCAUCGAAGUUCAAUCAAAAGUCGGAUUUGGAACUCGAAUGAUUCUCCGUUUCCAAGCUCCAAUCGCCCUUCAAACUUCCGCAAUGUCUUUGAUUCGAAACUUGAACAAACAAGGCCAUGUCAAAUUUGCGUUGGCAGGAUUUCCACCAGAGGAUAUGAGUGCUUUGCAGCUGAAGAAUCUCCUUCGCCAGCAUCUAACGCAACAGUACAACAGCUUCGACGAGACCUCGGAUAUCGACGAAGCGGCAGUCCUCAUCAUCAACGAUCACGAGCGCCUAAACGCAAUCAAAUUGUUAAAGGAGCCAAAAAGGCGACACCAAAAGAUUCUAGUACUCUCCACAAGUCCUAUCGAUAAUGCACUUUUACAGCUCGCGCAAGGUUUGAGCCUCGGAGGAGGUGUAUGUUUGGUUUCGCUGAAGCCUAUUGGCCCACAUGCACUCGCGAAUUUACUCUCAAAAUUGAGCGAUCAAUCUCGCCCUUCGUCGCCGACUGAUUCCAACAUUCUGAAGAGUCCUCGGUGGAACAAAACCAAGAGCCCGGCGCUGCGUCCGAGGUCAGAGCUCAUGUUGACCAAGGCUGACGAAGGCACGAAAAGGCCAGAGAAGGAGCCAACUGUAGAGAAGGAGCAUGCGCGACCGAGAGUCUUGGUUGUCGAAGACAAUGCUGUGAAUCGGAAGGUCCUCGCAGCCUAUCUACGGAAGCGAAACCUUGAAUUUGUCGAGGCCUCCAACGGGCAAGAGGGCGUAUCAGUGUUUGAGAAGCAUCGCUCAGGAUAUUUCGAUAUUUGCCUCAUGGAUUUACAGAUGCCCGUCCUCGACGGCUUCUCCGCCACUCAAAGAUUCCGUGAAGUUGAAGCCGAGCGAGGUCUCAUGGAAGACCACAGACGACUGCCUAUAUAUGCAUUAAGUGGCCUUGCAGCGACUGAAGAUAAGGAACGAGCGUCCAGUAUCGGCUUUGAUGGAUAUCUGGUCAAGCCAGUGUCGUUCAUAACCUUGGAUGGUAUCAUUGAGAGUCUCCCGCCCAUAGCGAAGUGGCGGACCGAGGGGUGA